UUCACAACACACCCUGUAAGGGCAAACUGCCUUACAACAGCUACCACAGUCCUCACACUAAUUUAGCAGGAGUCAGCUAUGGAUUAUCUGAAGCAGGUUGAUGGAAUUGUGUCCACUGCCCAAUUUGGAGACUUGAUAGAAUUUUCCUACCCCAUGGGAUAUUCACAUUGGGGAGUGUAUGAUGAAGAUGGAUAUGUAAUCCAUUUUGCUGUUGCAGAUGAGGGGAAACUGAUGAGCAGGAUACGUACUUCCCUGCAAACAAUCUUCCCUGUAUGUGGGGACCUGCUUCUUGGGGAAACCAGGAUCCGCAGAGUGCUUCUUAGUGAGGUGAACGUCCCGAAAGGAGCCCAUAUCUUGAUCAGUAACAACCGCCAUGCCUUCACACCAUCAGAACCUGUGGAUAUGAGAUUACGCCGCGAUGCCCUUCUUGAAAAGGACUUCCACUAUCAUCUUUUCAAUCUCAACUGCGAGCACUUUGCCACUUUUGUACGCUUUGGAAAAGCUGUGUGCAACCAGGUAUACGUUUGAUCCCUACAAGACCCAAGAAUGUAGAGUGCGUGGAGGCAACUGCAGUCUUCAACGACAUUGUCAGCCACACAGAAACUGCUCAAGACCAUCUGGAAAGAGCCCUCUGACUCUCUGAACUCAUGCCUGGCAAUUCUUUAAGAAGUGGUUUUAGAAACAUGAACAACUAUGAACAAAUGAUAUGAACUAUUUGUGAAUCAUGCCACUUUAAAUAUUCAGGAUUUUCUCUGUGGUCCUCUUUAUAGCUGACAUGGAUUUUUCUGUCAAUGAUGGAGUGGAAAAUAUGCACAGUAGGGCUGCAACUAACGAUUGAUCAUUUUUGAUUACUCUGCCAAAUAUUUCCUUGAUAAACUGAUCGAUCGUUUUGUCUGUAAAAUGCUCAUUAUAUAUUAUAAAAUUGAUGUGGGAAACUGAGGGAAUGGAUUGGUAGACCUCGGGUGUGGAUUGUUAAAACUGAAUGCUCUGUUUGAUAAACGUGCACAGAUCGGCAAAAUGCACAUUUGACAACCAAGACGGCCCCUCCCGCUCUGGAUGAUCACCAUACUUUAUGGUAUAUAAUUUAAUUUACUAUAUUAAUACAGCCGAAUUCACUAUAUAGUCAUAUGUCAUUUACAUGUUUUUGUUUUACAUACAUAUAAAGCUAUGGAAAUGACAAUAACUAUAUUAUGAAUUCUGCUGCAUUAAAACGCAGUACAGGUGAUCACAGAGAGCAGGAGGGGCCAGAACGGAGGUUUAACGGGCCAUCCCGUCUGUCAGAUGUGCAGGGGUUGCCAGUCCGUGACCACGGUUUUAGCAAUGUGUUGCCAAUACUUUCUGUUGUUAACCUGCUCAAAAGCUGCUCUGUGCUUUGUCUCGUAGUGGCGCUUCACAUUGCAGCUUUUAUAAUAAUCGCCACGGCGUCAGAACAUAUGAGACAUAGUGGCUUUGAACUGCCUGUGGGAAGAUUUAACAUGUAAGUCCAUUCUGGAUUAAAAGCUGUGUUUCCGCUGUC